CUUUCUCUCACAUAGUCGGCUUUUCCGUUGCCUCCUGAUAGCAAGCAGCGAAUUACAGAGGGAACGUGAGAGAAUUGGUUGGCCAUGGAAGUUGAUAGGGUUCAGUCCAUAGCGUCGAGCAUGGUCGAUAACAUACCAAGCGAAUUCGUCAGGUCGGAGAAGGAGAGACCGGGGACGACCACUCACUUGGGUCCUGCACCCGACAUUCCCACCGUCGAUCUCAGCGACCCCGACUACGGUCAGGUGCUGCAGAAGAUGGUGAAGGCCAGCAAGGAGUGGGGGAUCUUCCAACUGGUGAACCAUGGCAUCCCAGAGGAGGUUAUACGGAAGCUGCAGGCGGUGGGGAAGGAGUUCUUUGAGCUGCCGCAGGAGGAGAAGGAAGCGUACGCCAGGGACCCGAAUUCCGGCAGCCUGGAAGGGUACGGCACCAGGCUUCAGAAGGACUUCGACGGCAAGAAGUCUUGGGUCGACUUCUUCUUCCACAUCGUCUGGCCUCCUUCUCGCAUCAACUUCGCCGUUUGGCCGAAGAAGCCUGCUGCUUACAGGGAGUGUAACGAAGAAUACACGAAGUACUUGGUUGAUGUGGUUGACAAGAUCCUAGGUGCCCUGUCAGAAGGACUAGGCGUAGAGAGAAAUACUCUAAAAAAUGCAGUGGGAGGGGAGGAUUUAGAGUAUAUGCUGAAGAUAAACUACUACCCUCCCUGCCCUCGUCCGGACCUUACACUCGGGGUUGUGCAACACACUGAUAUGUCUUCUCUCACUCUGUUGGUGCCAAAUGAGGUGCAGGGGCUGCAAGUCUUCAAAGAUGGGAUAUGGUUUGAUGCCAAGUACAUCCCCAAUGCUCUCAUUGUUCACAUUGGUGACCAGAUCGAGAUCUUAAGCAAUGGGAUCUACAAAGCAGUUCUGCACAGAACCACAGUCAACAAGGAGAAGGCGAGGAUGUCAUGGCCGGUUUUCUGUGAACCGCCGCCGGAGACCGUCGUUGGGCCAAUACCUGAACUUCUGGGUGAAGACAACCCUCCAAAAUUCAAGACCAAAAGUUUCAAGGAUUACCAAUACUGUAAACUCAACAAGCUCCCACAGUAGAGCAGCACACUUGAUGAGGAAGGGAUCGAUCAUGGAGGAGUUCCUCUGAAGAUAAUUUGUCAAGGGAAUAAGAGCACUGCUUGCUCUUUUUUUCAUUACCUGGUCUUAUUGUAACGAGUCUUUUUCUCUGUAAAAGCUGCGAGUGUUUUUGUGUUUGCAUAUGAAUAUUUUUAUAAAAAAGAAAAUUACUUGGGUAAACCAAAGGCUUCUUCGCUCGCUUGGUGCACAAAACUCUCAAGGUCAUCCCCUACCUUCGGCCGCUUUUGUAAAAGAGUCGACAUAAUUAAUACAAGAGCCGACAUAAUUAAGAUUUACACCAGCAACUGGCUGGCUGCCAUCUCCCCAUCCAGUCAGUUGCAAUAAUAAUUUAAAAAAGUUUGCUUAUAUUUUUGAAUUUUUUCAUUUCAAACCAUUUAAAAUAUUUUAAAUUAUUUUUAAAUUCAUAAAAAAAUGAAGAAAUAAGGGCCGACAUGUAAUGAUAGAUAUUGGCCAAGAAGCCGAUACUGGGCCCAUACAGUAAUUUCUAGAAAUUUUGUUUCAAGAAUGGGUGGAAUGGAAAUAAAAUGCAUAUUUCCAAAAAUCUUUUAUUUUUGGUAGACAUGGAUCUCUAUCUACCUUACCUCAGGAAACAAAUUUCUUUAUUUGAUAAGGGUGAAGGAUAGAAUAGCUGGAAAUGCAGUCGUAUUUUGAAAUUUUCUCAAAAAUCAUUAGCCAUAUAAGUAAUUUUGUUAAAGGACAUCUCCACCAUUUUGAUAAUAUAUGUAAAAUUCUGUGCCUGAAUGAAAUGUAUCAAGUGACCGUUGUAAAAACAAGGGUCCUAUCUUUAUCUCUCUGUUCCUUUUGCCCUCCUCUUCUCUCUUCUUCACCGUGAAGCCGGGCUGGUGAUGACCAGCGACCACAGAUAAGAGCUCGGACCUUUUACCACGAAUUUUUUCGAGAGCCGUUAGGGCUCUCAAAAAAAUCAUUGUUUUCUCCUCUUUCCCCUCGGUCGCCUCUUCCCCUCUCCUCUUAUCGGUCUCUCGUUCGUCUCCUCUCUUGCUCUCUUGUUCUGUCGUUCCUCUCCCCUGUCGCUCUAUCUUCCUUCAGACGCAGGACCUCAGGCACCAUCUUCAACCGGAAAUUUCUGUUCUUCCCUCUUGGCUGCUCCUUUACUAAGGAAGCGUCUGAAAAGUAGAUCAUGACCAGGGAAAGAAAAAGAUCAUUUUGCUUAUUUAUUGUUAUAUGCAUGGGACAACUAAACUUAAGAAGAAGAACAUGAUGAUGAUGAUGACCAGGCAGAGGAGAGAAAAAGAUGAUGACCAGAGACUUGUGAACUAAGAAAUGUGUGUAAGUAGGGUCCUAAAUAAAAGUCGUGAAGAAGAAGAAGAAGGUUAAGAAGAAGAAGGAGAAGAAUAAGAAGGUUAAGAAGAAGGUUAAGAAGAAGAGAAGAAGAAGAACAAGAAGAAGAAGGAGAAGAAGAAGAAGAAGAAGAAGAAGAAGAAGAAGAAGAAGAAGAAGAAGAAAAAGAAGAAGAAGAAGGUUAUUGAUGGUUUACGUGCAUCAAAUUGUGGCUGGAUUAAGAAGUGGAUGUAAAUAGUGGGUGUUGGAAAUUUCUGACAAACCUGGGCAAGAAGAGCCAGAGCCUGCAUUUAAGGUGCAAGUAUGUAAUUGCCAUAAUGCCGAAAGCCUGAAGCUAAAGGAUGACUUUGAUGAUUGUGAUGAAUGGGCAACAACUAGAAGAGCCACAACCAACACCAUUCUUCUGUCAGUCUGUAUAUACUAUGUACGAUGUCUCAGUUCUUGGACGCUGUAAAUAUAUGAAGUUUUCAAGUUGUUAUAGUUAGCCCUUGAUGCCUUGCCUUGUUAUUUGUUGUAUUGUUUGCUGCAUUUGUUUUUCAUAGCAAAUUUUAUCUCUGUAA